AGGAACCAGUCAUACUUCAACCAACAUGGCGACCGUACGCGCUGCGUCCUGUCUUCUCUCCAAGCGGGUGCUCUCUAACUCGAAAGCGGUUCCCGCCGCUGCCGUUCAGGGCUACAGGAACUUUCACUUCUCCAUCUAUGGCAAGAAGAACAAUGCCAAAGUAGCAGAUGAUAUCUCCACCCAGUAUCCUGUUGUGGAUCAUGAGUUUGAUGCCGUGGUGGUGGGAGCUGGAGGAGCAGGGCUUCGUGCUGCUUUUGGCCUGUCGGAGGCUGGCUUCAACACGGCCUGCGUCACCAAGCUCUUCCCCACCAGGUCUCAUACUGUCGCUGCUCAGGGGGGGAUCAACGCAGCUCUGGGUAAUAUGGAGGAAGAUGACUGGCGCUGGCAUUUCUACGACACAGUGAAGGGAUCCGAUUGGCUCGGAGACCAGGACGCCAUCCACUACAUGACAGAACAGGCACCUGCAGCCGUAGUGGAGCUGGAAAACUUCGGCAUGCCCUUCAGCCGCACCGAAGAAGGGAAGAUCUACCAGAGAGCCUUCGGUGGUCAGAGUCUCAAAUACGGAAAGGGGGGUCAGGCCCACCGCUGCUGCUGCGUGGCAGACAGAACGGGACACUCCCUGCUGCAUACGCUUUAUGGAAGGUCGCUCCGUUAUGACACCAGCUACUUCGUGGAGUACUUUGCCCUGGAUCUGCUGAUGGAAGACGGCGUGUGUAAAGGAGUAAUUGCUCUGUGCAUGGAAGACGGUUCCAUUCACCGCUUCAGAUCUCAGAACACCGUCAUCGCUACUGGGGGUUAUGGAAGAACAUAUUUCAGCUGCACAUCCGCCCACACCAGCACAGGAGACGGGAACGCCAUGGUUACCAGAGCCGGCCUGCCGUGUCAGGACAUGGAGUUUGUGCAGUUCCACCCCACUGGAAUCUAUGGAGCUGGUUGCCUGAUCACAGAGGGUUGCCGUGGUGAGGGAGGAAUCCUGAUCAACAGCGAGGGGGAGCGCUUCAUGGAGCGAUACGCACCCAACGCCAAAGAUCUGGCUUCCAGAGACGUGGUGUCCCGCUCCAUGACAAUAGAGAUCAGGGAGGGCAGAGGUGUAGGUCCAGACAAGGACCAUGUGUACCUGCAGCUCCACCACCUGCCUCCCCAGCAGCUGGCGACUAGGCUGCCUGGAAUCUCCGAGACGGCCAUGAUCUUCGCUGGCGUCGACGUUACUAAGGAGCCCAUCCCCGUCCUGCCCACAGUUCAUUACAAUAUGGGAGGCAUACCCACCAACUACAAGGGACAGGUGAUUGAUCACACCAAUGGCGAGGACAAGGUGGUUCCUGGUCUGUACGCCUGUGGUGAGGCGGCGUGUGCCAGCGUCCAUGGAGCCAACCGGCUGGGGGCCAACUCCCUGCUGGACCUGGUGGUGUUCGGGAGAGCCUGCGCUCUCACCAUCGCUGAGGAGCACAAGCCUGGCGAGAAGCUGUCUCCUCUAAAGCCCAGCGCCGGAGAAGAGUCUGUGGCUAACCUGGACAAGCUGAGGUUUGCUAAUGGAAGUCUGAGAACGUCUGAAAUCAGGCUCAACAUGCAGAAGGCUAUGCAGAACCAUGCUGCCGUGUUCCGUACCGGCUCUGUUCUGGAGGAGGGAUGUGGAAAGUUAGACGACAUCUAUCAGAGCAUGGAGAAGAUCAAGACCUUUGACAGAGGAAUUGUGUGGAACACUGAUUUGGUGGAAUCCCUGGAGCUGCAGAACCUCAUGCUGAACGCUGUCCAAACCAUCAACUCUGCUGAGCAAAGAAAGGAGAGCAGAGGAGCCCACGCCAGAGAGGACUUCAAAGAUCGCAUCGACGAGUACGACUACUCCAAGCCCCUGGAGGGUCAGCAGAAGAAGCCCUUCGAUGAGCACUGGAGGAAGCACACCAUGUCAUACGUAGACCCCAAGACCGGAAAGGUGACGCUGCGUUACCGCCCGGUUAUUGACCACUCUCUGAACGAACAGGAAUGUGCCCAUGUUCCUCCUGCCAUCCGCUCUUACUAAGAAGAUCUCACCCCAUCUCGUCCUAAACAGAAGGAUAAUUAACUGUUAUUUAAGAUG